CGGCGAGCUGCCUGGCAACAUGAGAGGGAGAACAGGAAGGUCCGCCGCAGCAAAGUGAGCAACCUGCACACUCUGGACAUACUAAUUUACCACAGAAACAACGCUCACAACGCACAAUGGAGGAUGCAGAGAAAGGUGCACAGCAGCAUCCAGAGUCAGUGCCAGAGCUGGGAGAAGACGCAGUGACGUCUGUCAAUCCCCCUCCACCUCCUUCUAACCUGACCGAGGAGGAGCGGCAGGAGCUGCAGGAGGAGUUGUUCAAGGUGGAGGAUGAGAUCCAGACUUUGUCUCAGGUGCUGGCAGCCAAGGAAAGGCAGUUGGCGGACAUUAAGAGGAAGCUGGGUAUCACACCUCUUAAUGAGCUGAAACAGAAUAUCACCAAAACCUGGCAGGAGGUCACCACCUCCACCGCCUAUAGGAGGACUUCUGAAACUCUGUCUCAGGCGGGGAUGAAGGCCACAACAGCCUUCUCCACUAUGGGCUCCGCCAUCAGCCGCAAACUUGAGGAUGUCAGGAAUGCACCAACUUUCAAGUCAUUUGAGGAGAAAGUGGAGACGCUGAAGACCAAGAUGACUCCGUCGGCGUCCACCAGCAACGCCACCGAUCAGGAUGGCGGCAAUGCCACCACUGAGUCCCUGCUUAAUCAGCCAGAGGACCCGCCCACCCAGGAGGCUCCGAAGCACUGAAAACCGCUUAACCCCCUCGUGACCCUUCCUCACUUGACCCUCUAACCCCUGGACCAUCAACACUCAUCCCUUAAAGUCUUGUGUGCCAGUCCCUUUAUUGGAAACAAAUGACUUACCCCAGCCUUCUCUGUGAUCUAAUUGUCUGGUCUUUUUGUCUGACACGUGCACUCACUUGUUAACUGGUGUGGAAACUGAAAGCAUGGGUGCAGGCAUGUGGUCUCGCGCCAGCAGUGUAUUUUUUUUGAGUCUGUUGCGGCUCGCUGUGGGAGAAAUCCUCCCUGCUGUGUAACUUUCCUUCUCCUCCCACAUUUCGGUUUCUCCUCUGCCUUUGUCUAACCAGCAAAACUCAGAUGCCAAACAUACUUUUUUUGUUUGUUUGUCAAAUUAACAAAAAGUUUUUGUUUGAGUAGAAAAUUGCACAAAUAUAAAAAGAUUUACACUUUUCAUGUGAACCAAGCAGUUUUUGGCUUAUUGCUUCUGCAUGGCCCUUAUUAUAUAUUGGGUUUAUUAUUAUAAGCGUUUGUUUUGCGUGCCUCCAUUUUAGGGGCAUUCUCAGUUUACUUUGGAUUACCAAUCUGAUUUCUUUAUGAUAUUAAUCUGAAAACAUUGCACAAUCUUAAAGUAGUCUUGACACUGUUUUCACAAUAUGAAUGUAUGCCUUUUUGUGUGCUGUAGGUCCAACACUUUGUAUAAUGCAGUCAAUGACUCCAAAACUGGCAUUUCAAAAACACACCUGAGAAUAAAAUCCAUCCCCUUCUCCCUGACAAAUGUCCAUGCCACGAGAGUUGCAGGAAAACGACCGAGAUCAGCAGAACAGAGACAGAGCAAACACACCGUCGAGGCACAGCCUUGACCCUGCGUGAGAGUGAAAUAAAUGUGUCUCUUUCAGAGCCAGAGUCAAUAUUUGAACACUUGUCCAUUGUUUCUGCGAGGGAGGUAACACCUAGCCUCCCUGUGCUAUCUAACAGAAAAAAACAAGGCAAGGCCAGCAAAUAUCCUGCUGGAUGUUACUUUGUACACUGA